CACACACUUAGUAAACACCUAUUGGGUUAUGUACCUUAAGUGUGGUCCCCAGUCCUGGAAAGAAAAGUGACUGGAGACCAAUAUCUCCUCCAUCCUGUCUGGGCAAAUUCCAGGAAAGGUUCAUUGUGAAGAGCUUCUACCUACAGUAGUUGCUCUUCAGGAAUGCAAAAGCCAGUAUGCAUACUUGGCUAAACACAGCACAACAAAUGAGCUGGUCAGAGUCACACACACCUGGCUUACAGAGACAGACUUAAAGCAAACCACGGUCGUUCAGGUUCUGGUGGCGGACAUGUCACAAGCUUUUGAUCGUGUCGACCAUGCUAAACUCCUCCAGCAUCUGGCCAGUCUGGGUCUGUGUCCAAGGCUACAUCUGGGGUCCCACAUGGUGGGGUUGUCUCGUCUUACCUCUUUCUGCUCCACAUGUGCACUCGGAGAGUCAUCUUUGAUUUGAACAUUUGGUUUUGUUUACAAAUGUAAUGAUUUAAUGAUUUUAUAAUUACUAGCAUUUCCAAUUUGAUUGUUUUAGUUUGAAAUCGUUUUAAUAUGGAAUGUGAAUAUGUCUUGGGUCGUCACAUACAUCACAGAUAAUUACCUCUGUCCUUCAAGACCACAUCCUCAGUCACUGGCAGAUGCUUACAAAUAUUGUAAAGUACAUGUAGCAUGUUUCAUCAUUUUGUCCAAUCAUUAUUUUUUAUUAUUAUUUAUUAUUAUUAUUAUUUUUCAUUAUUAUUCUGUAUGUUGGGGAUGAAGCUCCUUCAAAUCGUCGUCCUUGGCUGUUUCAGUGGUGUACGGUUUGGAGGCAUAUGAGAAAGUGUUAGGUUAUAAUUGACAUGCUGAUGACAACUGACAGUAUCAGAAGAGAAUCCCAAGAAGACAGCUGGCUCCUUCCUUAGACACAAUUUUAGAAAUUAGCUCCUUUCCCUGAACACAGCAAGGAAAUAACUAUCCUAACCCUCUUGCGUGAAACUAGCGUCAGUGCGCUGCUAACAGUGCUGUCCCUGUCCCCUUUCUGGGCUUGAACUACUGGUCCUCUGGUCACAAACACACGUGACCGCCAAAACCAGUUGUGCUGUAGAAAAUGAUUUUUUGAUAGCACCAUUGGCGACAUUUCAAGCUAGCUGUGGAGUGAUUUUACGGCACAUUCUUAACUGUUACAUGAGGAAGCACAAUGUUACCUCUCAUUCAUCGAAGUCAAUUCUGUUUGGUAAAGUAUUGCUAUUGGUAUUCAAAUGCUAUUCAAAUGAAAAAAAAAGUUGACAAGAGUGCUUAAAUAUUUGCAAGUUAGGGUUAGGGUUAGUGUUGAGUUUAUUACAUUGUUGUAUUGUCGUUUCUUUCCAAAGGGGUCUGAAGCAAACAAGAGGCCAAGAUGUCUGAAGCUUGAUGCUCCAGAUUGCUAAGGGCUUGCUAGAUGCAGAGGCCAUAGAGGCAGUGGAAGAUACUUUUUUCUACAUGGAUGAGAACUGCGCUGCAUUUGACAUGCCUGGGUCAUUGGCAGAACUGCAGGAACUGUGCAAGACAAUUCAUCACCAGAUUGAUAAAGUGGAUGAGGAGAGAUACGACCUGGCAGGCAAAGGAGGCAAGUGUGACAAAGAGAUUGAGGAUUUGAGGAUUAAAGUGAUUGAGUUCCAAGGCUUGUCUGCUGACUCCAUGCUCCAGGCACUGCUGGGCUCCAAGCAUAAGGGGUCUAUGGAUUUCAGAGCCAACCUGAAAGAAGUGAAGAAGGAAGUCAAAGAGGAGAAUAAGAUGCAGUUGGUGACUGGCGUAAGAACAUUGAUGACAAGGCAGGCAUGGACGGCAGAAAGAAGAUGUUUGAGGCCGCAUAAUAUCUGUGGCACGACUCAGUCCCAUUUCACUUGCCUUUCUCUAUGUCCUAAUAAUAAGUCAGUUGUUGUCAGCCAUGGCUGCAUUUUGUAUUUAGAUGUUAGAUAUAUAAUGUAGUUUUGUGGUUAAGUCAGAUAUGGAUUUGUAUGACCAUGUUGUAGACUGAGAUCAUUUUCCUUUUCACAGCAACUUGAACAUAUUUUGAAGAACACUUGCUGUAUGAAGAAAUGUACUUAAGUAUAUAUGACUGAAUAUUAAAUAAAUAUUUGAACCUUUACAAAUGGAA